AUGUUUCUUGGGCAAUGCCUAGCACUCCAGCUAUUGGAAUUUAUCGGUAGACAAUAUGAUGACGAAUUUGUUUCGAGAUACGUAAAAAGAAAUCAGGAACAUUUUUCCCUGGUUCCUGCUCCGGAUGGACAAGUAGCUUUUGAAAUAGAAGUCUUAAAUAAUAAAAUUAUUAAGAGUCCGGAAGAAGUUAGUGCCGAAGUUGUGAAAUACCUCAAGAACGCAGCUAGUGUCUAUUUAGGAGAAAACAUUACUAAGGCUGUAGUUUCUGUGCCUGCCUACUUCAGCAAUGCUCAAAGAAAAGCUACCAAGCAAGCAGCAGAGAUGGCUGGUUUAAAUGUCUUAAAGUUAAUAACAGAACCCACUGCUGCUGCUAUCCAUUACCUUUCCGAUAAACACAGAAGUGAUUCCAACAUAUUGACGUUUGAUUUUGGUGGAGGAACACUGGAUGUUUCUCUGAUAAACGUUAAAGAUAACACAUUUGAGGUGAAAGCCGUUUAUGGUGAUACAUUGCUUGGGGGUAGAGAUUUUGACAAAAUUCUGUUUCAAUAUUUUUGUAAA